ACAGAAUCGGACCCCAUCAACCAUCAACUUGGACCAUCAACACAAUCUCGCGCUCCAUACCGACUAGCCCCUACGUCGAUAAUAUCAAAUCUUCGCUUCCUGCAAUCACCGAUAUCUCGCAAAGUCGACCAGUCCGCCCGCAACUUCUGGCCAAUCCGACGCGGCACUCGACUGCCUUCCACAAGAUUCCCUGAGCUUGGCUAGGUACAUACCGAGCCUGCGCAUCCGACAUCCCCAACCAUCAAACAACCCAGACCCCCGUUCACAAUGGCGGCUACGCAAAACACCACCCAGAAAGACGACAAGGCCGCGGCGGCGAACCCGGCCGAGCAGCAACAGGCCACCGAGUCGAAGCCGGCCGCGCUGGAGGAGGAUGACGAGUUUGAGGAUUUCCCUGUUGACGACUGGGAGCAAGAGGACACAGAGGCCGCGAGCGGUAGCGGCGCGGCACAGCACCUCUGGGAGGAGUCGUGGGACGACGACGACACGAGCGAUGACUUCUCAGCGCAACUCAAGGAGGAGCUGAAGAAGGUGGAGGCGUCGAAGAAGCGGUGAUUCCGGCAGCCUGGGAGGAAGCUGGAUACGGCGACACGGUAGCACUUCAAAUUGUAUACCAUAGACCGGCCCGUCGUUACACAAGAGCUGGCGGGCAGGGUGACGCCUGUGUGAUCAAGGGAGCUGCGGCUGAAUCCAACAGUAGACACCCGCACAGGGAAGCUUGGGUCACGCGCCCCGGACCAGACAUAUAGCGGGCAUAACAAUAGAAGCUAUACCGUUGAAACAAGUUGCUUGGAUUAUAGA